UAGUAAUACCGAAUCAUGUUAUAAAUCAGUUGAACCGGUUCAUUCAGGUAAUACGCUUAACUAAGUUCACUUCAUCGUCACAUUGUUUCGUACGCUGAUGACCUGCGCGUGUGUGGUUUAAAAGAAGUAAAAAAAAAGUGUCCGUUUUGUGGGUGGAAGUUCGCGUAAAAUACUUGCGUUCGUUUUGCCAUCCAGCCAAAAUUUUGCAGAAAAUGAUUCCGCUCAAGAGCUGGAACCUCCUCUGGACAGCGACGGUGCUGCUCUCAUUGACAUUCGCAGAAUGUCGACGAGUACGCGUUAAAACGAUAGCAUCCACCAGCGAAGAACCAGUCACAGCAGCCGCCCAAGGACAACCUCCUCGGCAGGUUCUUUUCUACGCCGAAGAACCACAAGAACGUUCGCAAGAAGACGAAGCUCCUCAAGUAAUCAUAGCCCGACCUAGCUUCAGUCGAGCAUCCGGCGGUGGCGGUCAGCAUCAGCAUUUGGCUACCAGAGCCAGACAAGAAACCGCUCCCAAGACUCCUCCAGUUCAGACGAUCAGGAAUUACAAUAAAAUCAACGACGAUGGCUCGUUCACUUUCGGCUACGAGGCAGCCGAUGGUAGUUUCAAGGAAGAAACCAGAGGAACCGAUUGCGUAGUUAGAGGCAAAUACGGAUAUGUCGAUCCAGACGGUAAUAAACGAGAGUUCACUUACGUUUCCGGUAAUCCUUGCGAUCCAAAUUCUAUCAGUCAAGAGGAAGAAGAUGAGUUGAAGGAUAAAUCCAACGAAGACGAGAAUAUCCCAGCGAAUAUCCCUCGUAGACCUAAUUUCGCUCAGCGUCCAUUAGCCGUAGCCAAAGCCAGACCGACGACUACGUACUUCCAGCAGAGCUUCAAUAACGAUAAUAGUCUGCAAGAUGACGACAACAGUAAUCAACUGGUUGAAAUCAAGCAACCAGCCAGACCGAUCAUCAGACCAGGGGCUCGAGAAGACGAACAACUCAUCAGGACAACAUCUAGACCACUGACCAGAGUAACCAUUCCGGCCAGUACGAGGUUCGCAACAGCCGCAGCCACCAGACAAACAUCCAUCGAGAACCAGCCAGCUACCACGUAUCGUCCACAAAUCGUACAAAUCGCAGUCACCCCCAGUCCGUCGGGCAUUUUACCAAAAACCACUCGAGGUCAGUUCGUCACCGUACCCAGUUCUUCGGCAGCUCCUCCUUCAGCCUUCUUUGACGAACAGUUCAAGAAAUUCCAACUAGAUGGCAGCUCCGGAGGACCUUCCCAGCAGGCUACUUUACCAAAGGGUCUCUCCAGUAACCCUGUCUAUUCCACAGAACUCGUCUACGAUCCAGCCAGUGGCCAAUACAACACCAUUGUCUACCAACAAGUACCGAAAUUCGGAGGCGAAAUCAGCCUGAACCAAAGAUUACCCUCAUUCGUACCUUCUCCUCAAGUACCCCCUCCUCAACAAUCCGUCGCUCCUGGCAGAUUCCUUGUCAGCUCAACGACUCCAGCCCCAACUCCACAACCCUUCUUCCAGCAACAGAUAAUCGAACAACAACGCCAGGCAGCUUUGGUUCAACAAUCUCAGCAACUCUACAACCAACAACUUCGCCAACAACAGUUACAGCAACAACAAAGGCAAUUUGUGACCGUAGCUCCGCCUUCUCAACAACAAAACUUUGGCCAGCAGACAUUGCUGAAACAGAAUCCGCACAGAUUCCCUCAACCAAUCGUUCAACGGUUUCCACCAGAACCGAAACAGUUCGGAAAUCAGGAAGCUGCCUCGGCUCAGUUCCAGCAACCGUUCUUCUAUUUGAAUCCUUCGGUUCCGGAUCAAAGACAGAAUCUGGCUGCUGGACAAAUCGAAGCUUUCCUCAGAGGGCACAAUUUACAAUUUUAAUCGUGCGUAGGUAACUCGGUCGUAAUUCACGUUGCCAUUAUGAGACUGCCAAUUUUGAGAUUAAUUAUCGUGAUAAUAAGAAGAGAAGUCCGUAGGUAUACUUAAUAUAUAUAAAUUCUGCUGUAUAAAUGUAUUUAUGUACCUUGGUAAUGGGUGUAUCGUCAGCGUCGCGUAUAAUGCGUUAGAAUUUUCUCCGACUGGCGAGGGUUUGCUUCCUGGGCCCGAUGAUGAUGGUCGUGUGAAAGUGCGAACGUGUCACGCGUGAAAAACGCCCAGCAGUGUGAUUUUUCAAUCAGCUAGUGUACGUGAUGCUGGGUUUAUUUGUAUGGUUCUUUCAAAUUAUCAGAAUCCAUAUUGCGAGAUGUAGGUGUACUGAUUUUUUUCCUUCUUCGAAUAUCUGAAAUUUUGGUAUACUGAAUUCAGCAGGUACACCAAUUGCCUUCUCUCUCUCUUCUCUUCUUCCUUUUUUCAUUAUUCAGCUCAUCAUCCCUGAUACCUUGGUUGGAAAAAAUUAUAUCUCUUCUAUAUACUUCUUAUACCUAGUCAUUAACAUUUAUAACAACUUGUACGAAUGUGUAUUGCAAUAUUGGCAAUAAAAUUUAAACAAGCUGUACGGUCUGGGUUCUGGGUAAGUACCCUCAUAUGUAGAUCUGGUUCAUGCGUAAUCGGUAGGUAGGUAUGCGAAAUUUAAAAUAAUAAAAAAAGAAUUAUCUCUAUCUCUCUCUCGUAACCCGGCGUUAUCGAUUUAAAUUUAACAAUAUAACGUAAAAAAAAAAAGAAAAAAAAAUUAAAAUUACGAAGAAUAUGAGAAUAUAAACAAUGCAGCGAUGAAGCUCACAGUCAGAAAUUCAUUACGAACUAUGGGUAAUUUGAACACGAUAUUCAUUGUUCCACACACUUAACAAGAAGAAAUCAUUAUUACGUAUUAUAAAGGUAUUUCUUUAUAUUAUUUUUUUACUUUUCUUAUACUUACAUAUUCCCGUAGUAAUACUUAUGAAAUAACACUCAUCAGUCAUCAUAGCAUCAGAAAAAAUUAAAAUUAAUAAGAGUAGGUAUUGUAGUAUUUUUUUUCUCUCUCUCUCUGUUUCUAUCUCUGUCUUUUUUUUCUCUGUCUUCUUCUCCUUAUUCUUCUUUUAUUAUGAUUAUUUUUGUUUAAAUUAUGUUUAAGAAUUUUUUUUCUCUUUCGUGUCUGUGUAUGUGUUAUGUACAGAAGGAUAUUAAUAUUCGGAGAUAUCGUUAUGUAUAUAUUUUUAAUAGAUUGUACUACGCUUUUUAUAAUUAUGUAUGUAUCUGUUUUUGUGUACUUAAUUGCAAUACAAUAAAAUUUUAUUUAAAUGUGUAA